AUGGACACGGAUGAGGAGAACACAAUCGUAUCAUCGCAGCAGCUAAUGAAACUAAUACUGCUUAUAUCCGCACCACCCGAGCACUCGAAGGAAAGAACAGUGCAACACCCCAGUCCAUCAGCCAAGCUUCAACAGGUCAAUGACAGGAAAGCAACGAACAACGCCCUCCGACGCCAGUUUUAGAU